UAUGGAGACUAUUAUUUUGAAAGGCGGAAGGUUGUGCUUGUUUUGAAGCACUUUGCUCUUUUCCUCCUAAAUCGAAGUGUCACGGUGCCCAUCGUUGCAAAGAUGGAAACAAAUCAGUUUGCCAACCUCGAGUUUGCGGUCCAGAUGACAUGUGACGGCUGUGCUAACGCCGUUGAGAGUGCGCUUCAAAAAGAGCCGGGUGUACGUUCAUUCAAGAUUGACCUGUCUCGUGAAGAGGUUUUGGUUGAGACGUCAUUGAGCACUCAUGAGAUUCAAGGCCUGAUUGAGAGUACAGGCAGGAAAGCAGUGCUGAAGGGACUGGGUGGACCAGAGCCAGACUUGGGCGCAGCCGUGGCGAUGCUGAGCGGGGCAGGCCGUGUGCAAGGCGUGGUCCGUUUCCUGCAGCUGUCUCAGGACUGCUGUUUGAUAGAUGGGGCAAUCGAUGGACUGGAUCCUGGACUGCACGGCCUGCAUGUGCACGAGUAUGGUGACCUCACGCAGGACUGCACGAGCUGUGGGGAGCACUAUAAUCCUUUUGGAAAACAACAUGGUGGUCCAGAGGAUAAAGAGAGGCACGUGGGGGACCUGGGGAACAUUGUGGCAGCAGCAGAUGGCAGAGCCACAUUCAGACUGGAAGACUCCCAGCUCAAGGUGUGGGAUGUGAUUGGCCGAUCGCUGGUGGUGGAUUCAGGGGAGGAUGACCUGGGAAAAGGAGACCACCCUCUCUCUUCAAAAACAGGAAACUCAGGGGAGAGGCUAGCAUGUGGAAUCAUUGCACGUUCAGCAGGGCUGUUCCAGAACCCCAAACAAAUCUGUGCCUGUGAUGGUGUCACUCUGUGGGAGGAGAGAGAUCGGCCCCUAGCUGGAAAAGGCCGGCGGAUCACAGACACACCACCCUCCAAUCUAUGACAGCAUGAGCAAAUUAUUAAUGAUGGACAAAAAAAAAGUGCACUUAGAGAAGAAAAGGGGGGGAAAAACAAUACAUUGAAUCUGAAGAGACAAAAAGAAUAUCCUGUUUGGUGGUAAAGGCCUUCCAAACGAUAACUGAAAUGUGCCUCGUAUCUUCAGUAUUGGCCUCAUUAGUUACCACUCGCUAAAACCUUGGGAUGAUUCCAGUUCAUCUCGUGCCUGGUGACUGAAGCAGCUCUAGGGAAGAGCUGUUUCUCAGCCUCUGCAGUAUGAGCUCAUGCCUGCACAUAGAACAAAGCCUUGCUACUGCUGUGGGUCUAACAGCCAGUGCUGUUAUUUGAAUAUUAAAAAAAAGCUUCUA